AUGACUACAGGACCAGUACAAAAAUUACAUCAACUAUGGUCCCAUUAUACACAGCUUUCAUUAGCAGGUAAAGGAUCAUCAAGUAUAGAAGAAUAUAGAUUAUUAAUAAAACGUAUACAGAGUCUAAAACAUAUUCUACAAUGUCUACCAAAUAUUGUAGAUUUAGACCUUAACGGAGAAAUAGAAAUAUUGUUAGUAAGAUUAGAGAAGACUAAUCAGACCUUGAUACAGAGUGAACCAGGUCGUGGUGGAGGUGCGUUCGAAUGGAUUGAUAGUCUACUAGUUAAAGCUUUGAUAUCUGGACAUUGGUUAUUGAUAGAUAACGUUAAUUUCUGCAGUGCCAGUGUUCUAGAUAGACUAAAUGCGUUAUUAGAACCAGGAGGUGUGUUGAGUGUUAAUGAAAGAGGUGUUAUUGAUGGACAGAUACCCACUAUUAAACCGCACCCUAAUUUCAGAUUGUUUCUAGCUAUGGACAGUAAAUAUGGUGAGAUAUCUAGAGCUAUGAGAAAUAGAGGAGUAGAAAUUUAUAUACCAGGAGAGGUUGAUGGUUGUACAUAUAGUAGACUAGACAUACUAUCAAUGUUAGAGGGUAUCGGUAUACGUAGUUACAGCAUCAAACAUUGGCUAAUAUCAGUACAUGACAGUGUUAAACAGGAACUACCAUACACAGAGAAGCCUACUAUAACUGACCUACUGCGAUGUGGUGUAGUUGUUAAACAGCAGUUAGAUAAAGGAAUGCCUUUAAUACAAUCCUUACAACAGGCAGCUCAUGAUGUUUACUUACGUAGUUUGAAGACAAAUUCCAGUAAAAAGAUUGCUGCAGAGAUCAUACAGAAUUCUUGUAAUGGUUUCAAUAUAAACCUGUCAACAGACGACUCUCAGAAUGAUCUGGUACCUCUAGUGUGGCCUGGAACAUCAGAAUUAAAUGAAAAUAUUACAUUGUUUAACACCUGUCAGGCUUCAGGAGUUCUCUCCCAUUUCAUCAAUAAAUACACAACAUUACAAAACUUGCAUCACCAAUCAAGUACAGGUGAAAUCAACACCACAAUCCAUUCACUAACGACAGCCUUUAGAAUAUUCCUGUCAGAUACAUCCCAUAAUAGUAUAAAAUUUAACCAGACCUGGCUUGAGGUGUUGGUACGACAUCUGAACCUACCAGAAGACAAUAUACAGGGGGAAUAUGGAUUCAGUGUAUCAAGGUUUAUAUCAUUAUUACCUGUCUUGUACAGUAAAUGUUGUCAACUGAUGUUUAAUGGUACAGUCAAUAGGAAAUAUCUACAUUUGAUAGAAAAACUUGGCACAAAACAAGGUAUAAAUAUAUUACUAGAGGAACCAUGGGACAUAGAAAAUAACAAACAAAUAUUGGAUAAAAUACGACUUCAACAUCUAGAGAUAGACAGUUUUAACACUGAGAUUGUCAUAAUGGACAAGGUUUUACACAGAUUUUAUAUGUUGAUGGAUGUUGGCAUAAUUCUCAGUAAAUGUACAAAAUGGCUGACUUUCUUAGAAGAUCAAUCUGUUAAAGCAAGACGGACCGUCAUCAGUCGAUCAUUUUCAUUUUUCUUUCAAUUGCAUGCUCCGCAUUGGAUUAUCAACAUGUUGGAAAAAGACCGACUUGAGAUUUUUGUGUCCUUGUGUGCCCAUGCCAAUUGGUGA